CACGUCCUGCGCUCACAGCAACACAUGAGUGGCUCCAGGGAGUCCGACGAGUUAAGAGGCUGAACAAACUGUCAGAGCGAGAGACACUGACAAUGAGUGUGAAGAGAGAGAGAGAGGACAGGAAACACACGGGAGAACAAGAGACUGAUGAUGACACCACAGGAAAAUUCAAAAGGAGGAGAGCGUCGUCGCCUUCCUGCCGCUCGGACGGGAGCACACACUCCAAGGAGCAUCCACUCCUCUUCAGCAGAGGACAAACCACCACCAGGCCAAGGAGGCUUUGUCAGGAGCGUCAGGCCUCGUCUGCAGUGACCUGUGACUCUGCAAAAAGCAGCUGGUCCAUGGAUCCACCUCGCCACUUCAGAAAAGAAGCUUCAUGUCGAUUCGAUCAACACCAAGAGGACAGCUCAGAGGCUCCUGCUGUCCAGCCUGACCAAGACCUGAUAUUCAAGGCUCUUGAGGAUUUGGUUAUUGCUUUCGUGAGGAGCGAGCUGAAGAGAAUCAGGAUCGACCUGAGUCCGGACAUCCAGGAGGCAGCGGAGAGGCAAAAGCAACAUAAGACAGCAAAGGAAACGGAAACUGCGGAUGCCACAGAGGGAAUCCUGAAGGUUGUUCUGCACUUUCUGAGACAGAUGAACCAGACGGCACUCGCCGACUCACUGGAGAAAAGUCAUUUAGGAGAGCUUGUUGUGUGCCAAAACAAGCUGAAGUCCAAUCUAAAAGCAAGAUUUGAGAAUGUGUUCGAAGGUAUUGCCAAGCAAGGAAACCCAACGCUGCUCAAUAAGAUCUACACAGAGCUACACAUCGUAGAGGGAGGCAGCAGUGAGAUCAACACUGAACAUGAGGUCAGGCAGAUCGAGGCAGCGUCCAGAAGACUCAGAAGUCAGGAGAGAUCGAUCAAAUGUGACGACAUAUUUGAGCCCCUGCCUGGCCAGCAGACACAUGUGCGGACUGUCCUUACAAAGGGCGUCGCAGGGAUCGGAAAAACGGUGUGUACUCAGAAAUUUGCACUGGACUGGGCUGAAGGGAAAACCAAUCAUCGCAUCCAACUGAUAUUUUCACUCCCGUUCCGAGAGCUAAAUUUGAUGAAGGGAAAGAUUUUAAGCUUGACUGAAUUUCUCAACCACUUCUUCCAGGUAACAAAAGGAAUGUCAGACCUCUCCCGUUUUUUUUCAUCUUCAGUUUUGUUCAUCUUCGAUGGCCUGGAUGAAUGCCGGCUUCCUCUGGACUUCAAAAACAAUGAGAUCCUGUGUGAUGUUGCUUUGCCACGCUCAGUGGAUGUGCUGCUGACAAAUCUGAUUAUUGGAAAGCUGCUUCCUUCAGCUCAGGUGUGGAUCACCUCCCGACCAGCAGCAGCCAAUCAGAUCCCAGCAGUAUGCGUGCACCGCAUCACUGAGAUUCGUGGCUUCAGUGACCCACAGAAGGAAGAGUAUAUACAAAAAAAGAUCUGUGAUGAGACCCUGGCAGGCAAGAUAAUCGAUCAUGUAAAGCGAUCAAGGAGCCUUUUCAUUAUGUGCCACAUCCCGGUCUUCAGCUGGAUCUCCUGCACUGUCCUGGAGAAGCUGUUAACUCAGUCAGACGGUGGAGAGAUUCCCAAAACUCUGACCCAAAUGUACGCCCACUUCCUGACCUUCAACAUUCUGGCAAAGCAGGAGAAGUACAGCCGUGGUCCUGUGGAUGGAGUUGGUGCAGAUCUUCAAAUAAACACGGACCAAGAGGUGAUCCUUAAGCUUGGGAGGCUGGCCUACGAUCAGCUGGAAAAAGGCAAGAUAAUUUUCUACGAGGAAGACCUGCAAGAGUGUGGAAUUGACAUCAAAGAAGCGUCUAUGUACUCAGGUGUUUGCACGCAGAUCUUCAAGGAAGAGUGCGGGCCUUUCCAAGAUAAGGUCUUCUGCUUUGUGCACCUUAGCAUCCAGGAGUUCCUUGCUGCUCUGUAUGUGUUGCACACAUUCAACCACACCAAUGCCAAUGUCAUGGUUGGCCAUGAAGACAACAAAGUCCACCUGACCACCGAACAGGCACCUGUCCAACACCCACAAACUGCAUUGUACAGACGUGCUGUAGACAAAGCCCUGGCCAGUGAAAACGGACACUUGGACCUCUUCUUACGCUUCCUUCUCGGUCUCUCUGUGCAGUCCCAUCGCACUCUGGUUCGCGGCCUUCUGAAACAGAGAGGGAACAACUCACAGGCUGCAACAGAUGAAACAAUUGUGUACAUCAAAGAUCGGAUAAGACACAUCCCUUCUCCAGAAAGGUGCAUCAAUCUGUUUUACUGUCUGAACGAGCUCAACGACCGUUCUCUUGUAGAGGAAAUCCAAAGCUACCUGAAGUCAGGAAACCUCCCAGAGUCCAAGCUGUCGCCUGCACAGUGGUCAGCUCUGGUCUUUGUGCUGCUGACUUCAGAGGGUGAUCUGGAUGUGUUUGACCUAAAGAAGUACUCAAGAUCAGAUGAGGGUCUUCUUCGGCUCAUACCAGUAAUUAAAGCCUCCAGAACUGCUCAGUUGAGUGGCUGCAAUCUGACAGAGAGAUGUUGUCAAGUUUUGGCCCAGACUCUGAGCUCUGCUGGUUCCCAGCUCAGGGAACUGGACCUGAGUGACAACGACCUGCAAGACGCUGGAAUCAAGAUACUGUCGACUGGAAUAGCAAGUGCCAACUGCAAACUGGAGAAACUCAAGUUGUCUUUUUGUGGGAUCACCGAGGCCGGCUGUGCUUCUCUAGCUGCUGCUCUGCAGUCAAACCCGUCUCACCUGGCAGAGCUGGACCUGACCUACAACCACCCAGGAGCCUGCGGAGUGAGGCUGCUCGCCACCCAACUCGACGAUCCACGCUUUAAACUCAAGAAACUCAGUGUCGACCAUGACGCAGAGUGCUGGUUAAAGUCUGGCUUGAAAAAAUAUGCCUGUGAGCUCACACUGGAUGUGGACUCGGCGUGUCGGCACCUUCUGUUGUCGGACGGGAACCAGAAGAUGACCCGGGGCAAAGAGGUCCAGCCCUACCCUGACCACCCGGAAAGAUUUAAGAACUGGGGCCAGAUGCUGUGCAGACAGGCUCUGACGGGACGCUGCUACUGGGAGGUGGAAUGGACCGGAACGUCUGCUGGACUCGGCGUUUGCUACAAAGGAAUAAGCAGGAAAGGAGAGGGCAAUGACUGCGUGCUGGGAUACAACGACCAGUCCUGGAGCCUCCGCAUUUACGAUGGCAGCUACAACGCCUGGCACAAAAGAAAAGGUGACCCCAUAACUCCACCGUCCCUGAUCUCCAGCAGAGUCGGGGUGUAUCUUGACUGGCCAGCGGGCACUUUGUCCUUCUACAGCGUGUCGUCAAACACACUGAGCCACCUGUACACCUUCCAGACGAGCUUCAGCGAGCCUGUCUACCCGGGAUUCAGGCUGUGGCACGACGACACCUCGGUGUCUCUGUGCAGAGUGGAAUAGUCACUGAGAAAACAGCUAAAGCCUGGGGAGGAGGAAAUUACUUCUGAAAGGCUACACUUUGCCCUUUGGACUCUGUGGACUUUGUUCUCUGAGUUCUGUUCAUGCUGUGUUCUCCUUGUGUUUUGGUGUAUUUUCCUGUGGCCUCUCUGUGCCAGUCUUGUUUCCCAGUUCCACACCUGUCCUGAGUUGUGCUGAUUAUCCCAAUUCAGGGGCUACAGCCUUCCAAGGCUGCAUUUGAAGGCUGAUUGCAUCACAGUGGCAUGACUAGACUGUCCCAUUUGUAAAUAUUUCAAAGGCUCCUCCAAACACAGCCUCCAUGUGGAGCAAGCAGGCAGAGCAGCAGCUGGACUUCAUAGGAGCAUCCAAACGGUUUUUCUCACAGCAGCAUGGAUGUUGCUGCCUCCUCUGCGAAGCCUGGAGCUGUUCUAAGAUCAACAAAAUGAAGAAAGGCCUGUGUUGUUUCAUUUGCGCAUUGUUGUAAAUAUUGUGCUUACUUUAAAUUACUUUUAUCAUUAUUUAUUACCAUCUGUGUUUAUGUGUUAUUGCUAUUAAUCUAAGCAUGAUGCAUUUUUUAAGGUUUAUUUCAUGUGUAAACUUUAAUGAGUGACUACAUGAACCAGCAGAUAAUAAGAAAUGUACCUGUAGGCCAGCAGAAAUCGCUUUACUCAAAUAAUUCUCCGUCAUCUGGCUCACAGUGUCUUUAUCCAUUAUUUUAUUACUAUUUUAUUAUAUGCAACAUUUCUGUUUAUAAACACAAUGUUUAUGGUGCCAGACAACAGCUGCU